AAAAACCUCCAUGUUUCACAAGCAUUUUUUCCCCCUUUGGAGCGUUCACUAAUCUACCAGUAGGUGGCGGUGAUGCUCCACCUGACUGUCGCCGAACAUGAAACCGAAGAAGCAGCAGCGGCGGCGGCAGUAACAGAUAAACCCAACCGCUCUCUGCACCGAGACGCAUCCAGGCCGGGUAUUUCAGCUAAACAAGCGGCUUUACACCUAAUAAUGAUCUCACUGACACCCUUCUCCUUCUCAGUAGCCACUCCGGAGCUGCAAUGAAGGCAGGGGCCUCGUCCAUGUGGGCUUCAUGCUGUGGUCUGCUGAAUGAAGUUAUGGGUACGGGGGCCGUCAGAGGCCAUCAGCCAGGUUUUGGUGCCGGAGCCGGACCCUUCAGAUUUGCCCCCAGCGCGGGGUACUCCACGUACCCGCCCACCAGCUCAGGGAGCCCCAGCCUUGUGUGCAAGGCCUGUGGCCAGGCCUUCUCAGUUUUCAGGAGGAAGCACGUUUGCUCCGACUGCAAGAAGAACUUCUGCUCCCUGUGCUCGGUGCUCCAGGAGAACCUGCGCACCUGUGCCACCUGCCAUCUGCUGAAGGCCACGGCGUUCCAGCGGCCGCGGCUGAUGCGCCUGCGGGUGAAGGACCUGCGCCAGUACCUGCUGCUGCGCAACAUCCCCACCGACACCUGCAGGGAGAAGGAGGACCUGGUGGACCUGGUGCUCUGCCACCGAGGCAUCGAGGAAGAGGAGGAGGAGGAGGAGGAGGACCCGGAGGUGGCCAGCCUGCACUCGCGCUCCCUGUACACGCCCUCCACCACGCAGUCGGCCUCAGAGCUGUCCGCUCUGGCCGCCUCGCAGGAGGAGCCGCUCAGCCGCAGCGACAGCUCCGAUACCAACCAGGAUAUCGGUGACACCACAUCGGUGUCUCUGCUAAACCUGGACCCCAGUGACCGCACUCCCGAGGUGAGUCCUCACACACGCCGGCGUGCCAGAGCGUCCCUCUCUGACAUCUCCAGUGUGAGGGACAUCGAGGGCCUGUCCGUCAGACAGCUUAAGGAGAUCCUGGCCCGGAACUUUGUCAACUAUUCCGGCUGCUGUGAGAAGUGGGAGCUGGUGGAGCGCGUGAGCAGACUGUACCGAGAGACGGAGGAGAACAGGAAGUCAUGUGGGUAUCAGCUCCACCACUCUGAGAAAAGACUUAGUGCCGCUCUUCCUCUUGAGCACACAGCCCGCUGCGUUCGGAGAGGGACGGCCCGGGCCGCUCUCACUGUGGAUGGAAGCAAAUAUCGCUUCAUUUCAUCCAAGAACACCAGCUCAGGCAUUUUAUGUCACCUCACCGUGUUGAAUCCAUCCCCAAGCAGCAUGCUUCUGGUGCUUUAUAACAAAGAAAGACAAGCUGCGGUUGCCGUGGUAACGCUCUCAUGCAGAGCCAAAGCAGACACUGACAUUUUGCAGGCUAUUGUGAGCAUGACCUUACCCGAUGGGGACACCUGCCCGCUGGCCAUUCACGACGACAACCUGUGCAGGAUCUGCAUGGACGCGGUCAUCGACUGCGUCCUCCUGGAGUGCGGCCACAUGGUCACCUGCACCAAGUGUGGCAAGAGGAUGAGCGAGUGCCCAAUCUGCAGGCAGUACGUUGUGAGGGCCGUGCACGUCUUCAAAUCCUAACGCCCCCCUCCCACACACACACACACACACACACACAACGCCCCACAGACGCUACCUUAACUCAGCAAUGCAGCUCAGAAACUUCACAUCCCCAAAAGACUUUUGCGGGGGUGUGCGUUUCCUCUAUUCUCUCGUUAUUUGCACACAGAAAUACAGGAGUUUGAUUUUUGUUUUGUUUUUUUGUUGGUUUUUUUCCUGACAACGAUUUUCUGGUUGGGUUGGCUGGCAGACUGGGACCGUGCAGUCCUGUGAGUCACUCACUUCUAGACAUAUCUCUUCUUAUUUGGCUUCUUUCUGAAGUCAGUUUAGUUUCUGUUACAGUUUAAAGAAUGUGUGACCUAGCUCGUGCGUCCUGUUAAACACACCUCUGCUCUGCUGGGCGUCUUAAGAGCACCUCUCACACAACAUCUGCAAGUGGCUGCAUACCAAGUUACAAUGGGGGGGGCGACGGCACCUCAUCAGGAGAGGGGAGGUUAGAAAAGUAGGUGCCAAAUAACGGGGCCAUGCCCCGAUGCCUCUCAUCUUUGUUCUCCAUCAAACCCGCCGGGGACAGUGAUGAUCUAUCAGCAUGUCAGACCUGAAAGCACUUUGUUCACUCUCUGCGAUAAUGCGUCCCCACUCACGACCCGCGGCCCACAGGGACGGGCUGUAACGGAUGAAGGGCUGUGGGUCAGUCCCUGAACGCCUCACCGAGUGGAGCCAAGCUCUGAAAAGCUCAUCAGAAAAAGUUCUAGCUUCUGUUUGAAGCCAGCACGGUGUGACUGAGCCCGCUCCAUCUCCAGAUGUUGAUUUUCUUACAGAGCCGGUGCAUCGUUUGUUGUUUUUUUGUGGCGUAAUAAACGCUCAUUUUAACGCAUGAAGCGUGUCACACCACGUCUGUCACAGCAAUAUCAAAGCUCCGCUAUCACCUCUGUCGCCUCUCAGCACUCACACGGAGACGCGAGACUAAACUGGUGCUAACUCCUCCAGCCAUCCCCUUUUCCAGCUGACUCAUGGACUUUGAAACUAGAUGUUAGUUUGGUGGUUUACUGUUGGAAGUGGAAAGAAAUGUCUUAAAGCUCUUUAGCUGAUCAUGAAGGAGUUGCUAUAGAACUAAUUAUUCAAAAAUGUAACUAAGAGUUUACCGACACCUGUGGUUUAGAAAGUAUAUACAGGAAGUGGCUUGCUAAUGUACAUUUGCGUAUAUUUAUCAGAUGCACAUAUCUAUAUUUUUUUCAAUUUGAUUUGGUCUGAUACUAUAUUUCUAAACUGUCUCUGAGAUCAAGUUUAUUUGAUUUUUUUUUAGAUUUGUAUUUUCUUUUCCUGUGGAGAUGUUUAACCUGCAUUCAUUUGCCUGGAGAGCAUGAUGUGAAGGUUCAUGGCACUGGUUACAUUUCUCCCUUCAGCUCACUCAGAUGCAGGUCCACCCUACAAACGAGCAGGCGGUGUCCUCCACCGUCAGCCUGCUGCGGAGCAGGUGGCACUUUUUCUGCUCGCAAGGGUGUAAUCGUAUGCAGGGUUUGGUGUUUGUAUUUGGGAAUGUGGAACUUUUUAUUUUGGUAAUUAAAGAUUGUAAUUCAAA